AUGCACUUUCAGCCCCUGUUGUUGUUUUGCUUUGGUGACAGGCCCGGCUUCACGCCGGGACGUGGAGUUGGUGACCGUGGCCCCCGCCGCAGACCCGUGCUUCUGCAAAGCCAGGUGAGGCGCCAGGAGCGUUGGAAUCAGAUGGUCUGUGUUGCCCUUGCACUUCCUCUUCUCCUCGGCCUCAUUGUCGUGUGGAAGAAUCCUGGCAGAUGGGGAGGCUAUGCCAGCAUCGCGUACCUCAUUCUGCCUGAAAUGAUCGAUGUGCUGGUGCACAACAGGACCAACGCUCACGACAAUCCGCUUCUCUUCGGGCAUGCCGGGCAUCUUAGUCGCCAGCAAGAGCUCCUCAGGACGGCAGGUCCUGGUUGCAUUUGGCUAGCCUUGGGGCGCACUGACAGGUACAGGCUACACUACAUCCGUGGCCGGAUCACCAACAAGAGAUGCCUGGAGUUCAUCGCCGGGCGAGCUCUACCGGAUCGAUUGGAACCCGAUGCGUCGUUGUCUUGGUGGUUCGAAACAAGGGCGGCCGUGUUUGCCGACAUCAACUUCAAUUUUGAGAAGAGAAAACCCAUCCUGGCCCUCUGCUUGCUUGCAGAGCUGAUGCUGAUCCUGCUGACGGUGCUGGCCUCGGCCUUUCGGGAGAACGACUUCGUGGUCAUGUGCUAUGCGGCUUCCUACGGUUUUGGCCUGGGCUUCAUCACCCUGCUGUUCAUGUACCUUGGGAGCAAGGUGAACGCGCAGCUCGAGAUCGGGCUGCAAAAAGUCGACAAGUUUGUGGAUGUCGUGGAGCCCGGCGGCAGACAGGGAACGCCUCUACCCGCGAGGCAAGAGACAUUGCGACAGCUGCGAGAAUAUGCAGAGGAGUACCCACUUCAGCUGAAAUUUAUGGGAUUCCCGUUUACUGUCAGCUUCCUCUCGGUGUUUGCCGCGCCGCUGACGACCUUCGGUGCGACCGUGGGCUUCUGGAUGUUGCAACACACGCUGAAGCCCUUCAUGGGGUCCUUGGCCGGGUGA